UCUUUCUCGAUAAGAGCGUCGUCUCUCUCCGACGCCUCCGCUUUUCCCUUUAGCUAGGGUUUCGUUAUCGGUAGAUCGCGAUCGCGUCCUCCCCAAAUAUCUCUUCGUCGAUCCUUUUUUAUUAUUAUUCUCCUCCUCCGCGAUCAUGGAGAUGGAGCGCGUCACGGAGUUCCCGCACGCCACCAUGGAUCGUCGACCCCGGAAGCGAGCGAGGCUUGGAUGGGACGUUUCUCACACGCCAAAGGCUCAGAUAGGAAUGUUAUGUGGGCAAGAAGUUGGAGAUGUGGCCAGCUUGGUAUCAUCGGGGAAACCUUCAUACAGUAGUAGUUCUUCUAUGUAUCCGAAGGGAGUGGCUAGAAAUGCUUCCCCUCCUUGGAGAGAAGAUGAUAAAGAUGGACAUUACAUGUUUGCGCUUGGAGAGAACUUGACUACUCGCUAUAAAAUCUACAGCAAAAUGGGUGAAGGCACUUUUGGUCAGGUAUUGGAAUGUUGGGAUAGGGAGAGGGAAGAAAUGGUAGCAAUUAAAAUUGUUCGUGCCAUAAAGAAAUAUCGCGAGGCAGCAAUGAUAGAAAUUGAUGUUCUUCAGCAGCUUGGGAGACAUGAUAAAAGUGGCAAUCGUUGUGUGCAAAUUCGGAACUGGUUUGACUAUCGUAACCAUAUUUGUAUUGUGUUUGAGAAGCUUGGGCCAAGCUUAUAUGAUUUUCUGCGGAAAAAUGGCUAUCGCCCAUUUCCUAUUGACCUUGUUCGCGAACUUGGCAGACAACUGUUGGAAUCUGUUGCAUUUAUGCAUGAUCUCCAUCUUAUUCAUACUGAUUUGAAGCCUGAGAAUAUUCUCCUUGUUUCGUCGGAAUACAUAAAAGUACCUGAUUACAAGGAUGUUUCAUGCUCAAAGAAACUACCCAAGUCAAGUGCUAUAAAGUUAAUUGAUUUUGGUAGCACAACUUAUGAUCACCAGGACCAUAGUUACAUUGUCUCAACUAGGCAUUACCGUGCACCCGAAGUUAUUCUGGGUCUUGGAUGGAGUUAUCCAUGUGAUAUAUGGAGUGUGGGUUGUAUCCUUGUGGAACUCUGCUCGGGGGAGACAUUGUUUCAAACUCAUGAAAACUUGGAGCACUUGGCCAUGAUGGAAAGAGUGUUAGGUCCUCUGCCCCAGCGUAUGCUUAAAAGAGCCGACCGGCAUGUGGAAAAAUAUAUAAGACGAGGCAGAUUGAACUGGCCAGAAGGUGCAAUAUCAAGGGAUAGCAUUAAAGCUGUUCUUAGACUACCUCGUCUUCAGAACCUGGUGAUGCAACAAGUCGAUCACUCAGCUGGAGAUUUUAUUGAUCUUCUACAAAGCCUUCUGAGAUACGAGCCAUCUGCUCGGCUAACUGCUCGGGAAGCUUUACGACAUCCCUUCUUCACGAGUAACCGUCACUGGAGGUUGUAGGCACGUGUCCUUGCAGCUAACUUCUACUGAUUCUAAAUGUUUUAGGCCUCAUUUAGUAUCUAUGUCAUAUUUUUGGUUCUCUCCAAACGCAAUUCAAUGUUAAUGUCUAUGCCAGCGAAGGCACUUUUCUGUUCUUACUGGUGUUGGUCUUUUUCUGCCAACAUAAGUUGUAGAUAUAUAGCUUGCAUCUUUUCUGGCACAUGCAUUGCAUACAGUUGUGGUUGGAAAGACAGAAAAAAGGCAAUGAUACCUGACGAGGAUGCUGCGAGCUGGUGCUGAACGGAAUGUGUUCACGGAAGUAGCAUGUAGAUCACAGUGGGGUUUUCAGGGAGAAAUGUUAACCAUUAAAAGUAGAUCUAACUCCUGUAAACAGACCCUUGAAUAAUAGGUUUUGGUUGUGAUUUACAUUUAAUGCCUUUUGGUUGGCUUUUACUGUU